AGGUAUGAAAUCCAAAGCACGAUAACGAUUGCCACGCGUCCGCUGCUCUCCUCUCCUCCAGCCGGUCCACACCACAUCAUCCCGCAUUACUAUGUGAACAACCUACAACUUGGAGACUCGAAUAUAUGCGAACUUCACGGAUGGACUGCACAUACUAUUCGAGAGUCCGUCGAGCGCGAAGUGUGGGACGCUAUCAUCCUUGAUGCGCCUACAGCAGUGGAAAUCGACUUGCUUGAGAUUAGGAUGAACGAGCUUGACAAGGUUGUAGACAAGUUCUUCAUCGUCGAAAGUAACCGCACGAUCAACGGAACACCAAAAGGUCUCUACUUCAACCAAAAGCGGUGGGAAAGUGCACUCCUCCCAUUCCAACACAAGAUCGUCUACCGCGCAGUCCACGCACCUCGAAUCGACUCCAUUCGCUCUCCAUCCCCCGAAACAUGGUCCGCGCGUCUCCGAUCCGAGAUGAACGCACUCCUUCGUACACGUUCAAGUAACACCCGUCGGCCGCCGAUCGUACUCUUCUCAGCUCCGGACGAGAUACCCGCGGCACAUACUCUUCAACUCCUUCGUGACUGUGCGUUCCCCAGUCCAUUGCACCUCCAAUUAAGGAGGUUUAUGUACUCGUUUGAGUGGCCUGUUGGAUGGGAUAGUUGGCGUGCGCAGGUACAUGUUUGGGAUACUGGGACGAAAUUGGAGGAGUUGGGGAGAGGCGAGGCGAGGCUUGCGAGGAGGUAUACGGAGUAUUCGCGAGAGAUGGUGAGUUCGGUCGCGCUCGCGGAUGCUGGGUGGCAUUGUAGCUAUUGCUACAAAAACCUGGACGAUAUUAUCGCGAAGAUGCAAGGUUAUGGGGCUGAAGCUGCUUCGGUGACGCCGGAGAACUUACAAGAGGCCAUCUGCGAAGGAAGGGAUAUGUUUAACCCCUUACCAGAGGUACGACCAUCUUUCUCACAGAGUUUUUUCUUCUACUAA